CUACGGGGAAGGGCUGCUGGUGGCUAGAGACAUCUGCAGAACACUCAUGCCGACCUUGUGCCAAUGUUUGGUGGACCGCUCCAGUCUCAGAGCGUUCUCAUUCCGUGCUCGUUAACACAUGUCGCGUUCACUGCGAUAUAAAAACCCAGCUGUAUUGCGCCUGCUGACCACCAGAACCAGCACUCGUGCUCCUUUACAGCAUAACAUCCUCUACCAUAUCGCAGCAUGCAGCUCAAAGCAAGCCUUGUUAUUCCGGCGACUGCCCUGGGCUUUGCAGGCACCGCAGCGGCGUCACCUAUUACCUUCGAGGCUCGGGAAACUGCCAUGGACGACUAUCUCUACGUCUGCACGGAUGUCGACUGGUCCGGCAUAUGCCAGAAUCUCGGCUUCUUCGCCGGCGAGUGUUACAACUUUCCGGCAGAAUUUCAGGAAGACAUCUCCAGCAUCGGGCCUCCGCAGGGCUGGGAAUGUGUCAUCUACGACAACUACAAUUGUGAUGGCGGCUACGACUUGUACGCUGUUUAUCCUGGCAACGCAUACCUCAACGAGACGGACUACAACGAUGUCUUAAGCUCGUUCGUGUGCACCAGGACCUGAAGGAUUACGAUGUUUCUUCGAUAAAGAGACUGAGUGUAGUGCAAAA